ACGCGUCUCCCCGAUUUUGCCAGUUACUCGAUGCCCAGUUUCACUUUGGACAGUUCGGGUAAAGCGAAACCAUGAAUGACGUCGAUACGAGGAAAUCGAAACUCACCGCUUCUUAAAGUCCGCUGCGUCGAAGAAGCGCUCGCAUAUGUGCGCGGGGCGAGGAGUCGGACAAGGAUGGGACGGUGGGGCCAGUGAGAUUUUCACUUUCGUGCGUUUUGGUGUAAUUUAAGCCCAAACUCCGACUGCUGCGUCAUAUAUAAUGGACACUGGAAACUACGCAACUCAGCUGAACGAGUAUGUGCAGAGAACGCGCUCCGUGCAGCACUAUGAAGACCUUGGCUCCGUCGGCCCUGACCAUAACAAAACAUUCAUCCAGAGGGUCGUCCUUAACGGUAAGGUCUACCCCGAUGGCUCGGGGAAGACCAAGAAGGCAGCCAAGCACAAUGCUGCUGAAAAUGCCCUGAAAUGCCUGUUUGGGAACACACUUCAGGACCCAGCUGACUCAACAAAUUCGGCGGAGGCCCCCGCAGCGUCAGUCCACCGGACAAGUAUGAGUGACAUCAACUAUAUAUGUUGGCUCAAUGAAUACGGUCAGAAGAACCGGCUGACUGUAACAGCGGUGCCGUCAACCAGACUGGGACAAAAUAAAGCUGUUCCAUGCUGUAGCUUUGUGGUCGGUGAUAAGCAGUACCCAGCUGUCUCUGGGAAAACGGAGAGGGAAGCCAAGGAGGAGGCAGCAAAGCUUGUGUAUGAUAUAAUAUGUGGCAGUACAACAGAGACUGCAGGUGAGAUUUACAACUGUGCAUCGGUUCAACCACAGGAGGAUUUAAAUCAAAAUGUUUUUGAUAUCUGUGAUAAGAUAAAAGGCUUGGAUGUAAAUACUGAAGGUGGAAGCUUUACAGAGACAAAUUUCAUAGGAAUUGUCAACCACUACUGUCAGAAAACAAAGCGCUCCCAUACAUUCAUCGAAGAGAGGAGAUGUGGCCCCCCUCAUAACCCUCAAUUUUUCUACAAAUUAGUGAUCGACAACAAGGAAUACCCUGUGGGUGAGGGUAAGAACGUCAAGGAAGCCAAACAAAAUGCAGCUCAGCUGGCCUGGUCUGCUCUGCAGGAACAGUCCGAUUGGGACAGCAAGGUGUCCUUCAGGUCAACAGUGUCCGAAGACGGUGCACCACCUACGUCGCAGAACCCCAGUGAAUCAUCAUCACAAAGCAUGCCAGUUACCUCAGGGUCAACUGUGUCUGAAAAUGAUUUGCCAAGCAGUUUUUCAACACAGCCUUCCCUAGAUACUGUUGCGCCAUCGUCACAUGGCACGGCCACAGGUACAAGUGACGGGAUAAUAUUCGCAGAUUCAUCAAACUCAACCAAGGAUCAGGCUGCUGUGAAAAACAAUAACAUGGGAAAAGGUGUGAGUAACGCAUCAACCCAGUCAAGAUUUACAUCAGAAUUUGAUUCCAUAAAGUGUCUUGGCGAAGGAGGCUUUGGUCAUGUUUACAAAGUAAGGGAAAAACUGUUGGACAAGUAUUAUGCCGUCAAGAUUGUCCGUGGUAAAAACAGAAAAGCUCUGCGAGAGGUGGUGGCAUUAUCGGACCUUCAUCACCAUAACAUUGUUCGAUACUACAAUUGUUGGAUGGAGGAUUCAGCAUACAUACAGGACAGUUCAGCAGACAGUUGCAGCACCUCUCAGUCUGUCAGUAAUUCAUCGCCCCAGUACCUCUACAUUAAGAUGGAAUUAUGUGAGACCAAAACACUUAAAGGCUGGAUAGAUGAGAGGAAUGAGAUAACUCUGCAUGACUCCAAGAGAAGAGAGGAAAGUCUGACCAUUGCUCAGCAAAUAGUCAGCGGAGUCGAGUACAUUCACUCCAAAAAACUCAUCCACAGGGACCUUAAGCCUGCCAACAUCAUGUUUGGACAGGUUGGAGAAGUGAAGAUUGGGGACUUUGGUCUGGUCACUGCUGAGAAUGAUGACGAUGAGGAGAACCUGAUGGAGAGAACAAGAAGAACAGGAACCUUAUCUUACAUGGCUCCCGAACAAAGGAGUGAGAAGACCUAUGACCGAAAAGUGGACAUAUUUUCUUUGGGGCUGAUAUACUUUGAACUGCUUUGGAAACUCUCUUCUGGCCAUGAAAGAGUGGUGAUUUUGAGGGAUGUCAGAGGUCGGAAGUUCCCCGAGCAGUUUUCAUUGACUUUUUCCCGAGAGAACCAGAUAAUUAAGUCGAUGCUUUGGUUGGAGCCAGGACACCGACCUGAAGCGAGAGCCCUGAGGGCUGAGCUGGAAAAUUGGGCUCAGAUACUCAAAAAACAAAAAAAUACGCCUCAGCAAAAUGUAACGGUCUGACAGUCAGACAAAAGCAUGUGAAAAGUCAUAGGAGAUUGUGCAAAUCUGUGUCUUCUGAUGUCUGUGAUUUAAUGAAAUUAUUUGUUAUACUUCCAUGUGAUAUGAUUUUGUAGGAGAAUGGUUUAUUACUGCACUUUAACCUGAGAUCGGUAAAAAGCACUUCACAAGGCCUUACAUUCAACUACUCAUGCAUAGACACACACACACACACACACACGUAUGGCGAUGGAUGGCAGUUCGGGGUUCUUUGUUUUGCUCAAGGACACUUCAACAUGCAGACGGGAGCAUGAAUGAAACAUAAAAUCAAUUGUAUCAUGUUUUUAAAAAGUAACUGUUACAUUUAUCUUUGUUCUGAAUAAUCAUGUUCAGAGUAAUUUCAUGUCAGCAGCUGACAUUUUAUUCAGUUUUGGAAUUGUAUUCUGUGUCGUGUGAAUGUAUUUUAAGUGAUGUCAGAGAACAGCCUUUGCUUUGUACUGGAUACGAUGAUUUGGAAAAUAAAAUAAUGGUUAUCUGGGGCAAAAUGGUAAUUUAUU